CCAUGCUCUGAGUGCGCAGAUCAAUGGGGCGCUGCCAGGGCAACGGCCCACUCACACCCUGAUUGGGUAUCCAUGAUCACCGAGGGAAGGGGCGGAGCUGCAAGGCGACAAGAGCCUCUCUUGGGGUAGUGAGGGGGACAUUGGUGUCCUCGGAGUGACAGACGGAGAGCCCAGUGGGGCCCCUGCUGUAUGAUCUCUGUCCUCCCAUCAGUCACGAGUGGUCGUGGAUUUACUGACAUCAAGGCUGAGUGACGCGUCUUACGUCCUUGCCCUGGGAACCCUAGCUCCACGGCACCCUGCACGGCUUCAGCUGCUGCCUCUCUGUCCCAGGACAUGAUAAGCUCUCACCCUUGAGGAUGGACGGAGGCAAUCAGGUUCUUGUACAAAACUUUAUAUGCAAAAAACUCUUGCAGAAAGGCUUCAACCCAAGUUGUUGUGCUGAUCCCGAGCCUGGAACACUGCUGAAUGGAACCUCGCCCUCUGCUCAGGCUGUAGCCCAAGUCGCUGCGCCCCCGCAGGGUGCCGUGGUCGAAGAUGUGCUGCAGCAGGCGCUGCUGGAAGCCUCAGAAGAGUUUGAGUUGAGGUAUCGCAGGGCGUUCAGCGACCUCACCUGCCAGCUGCACAUCACCCUGGACACUGCGUAUCAGAGCUUUGAGCAGGUGGUGCACGAGCUGUUCAGGGAUGGCAUAAACUGGGGACGCAUUGUGGCCUUUUUCUCCUUUGGGGGGGCACUGUGUUUUGAAAGUGCAAACAAGGAAAUGGAAGUACUGAUACCUAGGAUUAUCGAAUGGAUGGCCACCUAUCUGGAUACAGCUUUAGGACCAUGGAUACAAACAAAUGGAGGCUGGGAAGCUUUUGUCGGCCUUUAUGGAAGCGAUGCCGCAGCUAAAUCCAGAAAGAGCCAGGAACGCUUCGGGAGGUGGCUUCUCACUGGUGCGACACUGGCUGGAGUGGCCCUGCUGGCCUCCUACAUCGUCCGCAGAUAGACCUCCGUCCACUGGACCCAGAUAUAAGAAAAGAUGUCGGGAAGGUGGGGAGUUCUCAAUGUCCACCCUUGACAAAGAAUGUCUUAUCCCCCCUUCCUCAUACAGGAUGUCCCAGUAACUGGGACUCCCACUCUGCAGACUCCAGAUCCUUGUUAACCAUUUGUUAGUUUAUUUUAAGUUCCUGUUCUGUGGAUCAGAUCCAUAAUCUGUAUUUAAAUAAAUAGGUUUUUUUUUGUUUUGUUUUUUCCUUUUCAUGCUGGAAGUCCCUGUGUUUCCUUGACCUUGAUGUUUGCAACAUCACUGUGAUUGAUCCACAAUGCAAUGCAAGUCCUGGGGGGCCCUCUAUUACAGGGUCAUCCAUUGUUUCUCCUAGGCGUUACUUUGCUUAGCAGUGGGGUUAUCCACCCCUUGGAUAUCUUCAUGAAACUGAUCAUCUCAUGGGGGGGGGGUCAUUGUGAACCCCUUUAAGCUUUGAAGAACUGUUUACCCAAAAGGUUUAGAGUUCCCUUUUUGAGGAAGCUUCCCCAACUGAUGGCAAAGGGGUCUGGCUGCUGGGAACCGCACUGUGGGAAAAGUAAUUGGGCAGCCAUGUAAUACACGGUCUUGUCUAGUGGUCCCAUAACAAGGGUGUCCCAGGCAGUGAACUACCCCCCCCCCCCCCCCCCCCCCCCAUCACUACGCUCUAUGAUGCAUAUGAAGUAUGGGGGUUGUUCGGAGUGGACAGAGGAGAGAAUGAAAUCUAGUGACCAGACCUUUCACAUGGGAGGCAGUACGUACCAUAAAGGUAAACCCUUUAGGACAUGUGGAUGGAGAUGGGGGAGUAGCUCUAGUUGACCCUCAUGGCACAGAGCCCCCCUUCUCCAUAUGCACUUCAGUAUUAGCAAACGGGGGAGAGGAGCACCGUCCAGAUUGUCGUAUGGGAUAGAAUAGGUGAACCUGAGUUGGAUGCUUCUGUACUGGGAUAGUAAAGGGGUGCAGAGGGGUGAAAAACACCCUUCUGGUGCACUAUCCUCUCUAGAAGCACUACAGUAGGUCUCUAUGAUCACAAUACUGAGGUUCCGGAUAAUAUACCUUCACAUAAUCGUCAAAUUGGCCUGACUUGUAGUGCAGCAGAAGUCUAGAUCUGCACGUUUUGGAACCAUAAAUGGGAUCCCAGUCAGUAGAGUACUAUUAGCUACUCUUUAGGGGUGCUAUAAGUAUAUAGUUUACCACCCUGCAUAUAGCUGGGUACCAAACUAUAAAAAAAAUGUGUAGGUAUUGGUAAGUAUCACUUCUAAAAUAGUGGCCUCCAUCUUUCAGAGCAUGCUGGUAAUGGUAGUUUGGCAACAUGUUGGAGACCACUGUGUAUAGAAUAUACUUCUGAAGCUUCUAUAAGGUGUGUCCCCCCAGGGUGACGGCAUAUAUGGUGUCUCCAUCCAUGUCCCUCACAUGAAGCUGAGCUGUCUGCAGGGUCAUCACAGUGUAGAAUUGCUGGUCUCACCUGUACAGUGAGGAACCUGCAAAAACAAAACCCUCCUAUGUCAGCUUCCUGGGAUAUUGUAACGUGGGAGGCAAAAGAUAUUGGGGGUCAUUUACUAAGACUAGCAUUUUACGCAGGUCUUUGGUUCCCCCCUGGGCUGGCAGAGGAUACACCUAAUUUAUGACGAGGCGCAUCCUAAGGCAGUUUGUGCGCCGGGAUUGAGAAACUACUCCAUUCCCUGAGUGGAGUGGUUUUCUCCAACAUUUACACCUGUUUUCAGGUGUACAUGUUAGUGAAUUUGACAGUGUCGUUGGCGCCACCAAGCCCCCUUCACGGCCCAGUGGCAAAGAUGGUGCAAAAACGCUGUGUGUGACAAAAAG